ACCAACUCGGAUAUCCGCUCUUUAUUUUUCUGGCGUGGCGAAGUUGUCGUAGCACGUGUGAUUCUUACGUGAAAAAGUGCUUUGGAUGUUCACGAAAAUAUUUUUUUCCCCUAACCUAAUACAUUUGAAUCGCCUUUGUUUUUAAUUUUCAUCUCUAAAGGUCUAAAGUGCACUUCCGCCGCAAUGUUUCUGCAGUACUACCUAAAUGAAAGCGGGGACCGAGUCUACACGCUGAAGAAGGUGAACCCCGAUGGGUCGCCCACCAGCUCGGCCCAUCCUGCUCGUUUCUCCCCUGAUGAUAAGUUCUCCCGCCACCGGGUGCAGCUGAAGAAACGCUUCGGCAUCCUGCUCACGCAGCAGCCCACCCCUGUCCUGUGAGAGAACGAUGGCACAAGGUGUGGGAGAGGUGAAGGGAUGGAUGGCAACCAGAGCAACUAAUGCCAGGAUGGAGGGGAACCUGAGGCUGCAAAGAGAAUAGGAUGACAAAUCCUGAUAUACAUUAAAGACACUGUGGAAUAUUACUUAGACAAUUGGUUGGAAAUACUGUUGUUAUUUUUUUCUUAAUGCUGAAUAAAUGUUUUGUUGAUGGAUGUAUGUAGUUGUACCUGUGUUUGUUCUUCCAAAAGGAAAUAUAUAUAGUGACAAAAGAGAAAUUUUUCUAA